UACUCUCUACUCACUUCACUUGUGCGCCUAUGAGAUUUCCACAUCUUCCAAUUCAAUACAAUGUCUUCCAAGACUUCCAUGAUCCCUUCAGGUCCACCAUUGAAAUCCCAUCCAUCAUCGUCGUCAGCAGCAACAGCAGCACCAACAAACAGCAAUAAAUUCACCAGCAACAACGUUGGUUCUUAAUCAUACGCAACUUAGAAUUCUGGGUGUUUUGUUUUGUUGGAUUUUUCUUUCUGGGUUUUGUCGUAUAUAGACGUAUAUGAGUAUAUUUAUUGGUGGGUUGUUGGAGAGACGAGAGUUGCUGAGAAUUAUGCGAACUCUUUGUGAUGCCUGCCAAAGCGCCGCGGCCGUCGUCUUUUGCGCCGCCGAUGAGGCUGCUCUCUGCCGUUCCUGUGAUGAUAAGGUCCACUUGUGUAAUAAGCUUGCUAGUCGUCAUGUGCGUGUGGCUCUAGCUGCUCCCAGUGAUAUUCCUCGCUGUGACAUAUGUGAAAAUGCCCCUGCUUUCUUUUACUGCGAGAUAGAUGGAACUUCACUUUGUUUGCAAUGCGAUAUGGCUGUUCAUGUUGGAGGUAAAAGAAUGCAUGGAAGAUAUCUGCUGUUUAGGCAGAGAGUUGAGUUUCCUGGGGAUAAACUUUGUCAGCUUAAUGACCCAGCUUCACAACGGACAAAUCCGGGUGAGACCAAAAGAGGAGAAAGUGAACCAGCUAAGCACAUUGUGGGAGAGGAUCAACAGAAUCACAGGGUCUCACCUUUUCCAAAUGGUGCAGUUGAUGGGCAUGCCAAAAUUACCAAAAUGAUUGAUUUGAAUAUGAAGCCUCAACGAAUACAUGGACUACCUGAUAAUCAGUGACUAUGAACCUGGAUGCAUGAUUCAACAGGUAUGCUGUAAGAAGGCCUAAAAGGCAAGCGACGUCCAUCUGUACCUGUUUUUCCUGCCAGAAUGUUUGGGUGUUUUCACUCUCUACAUUCUGCUAAAAGCCGGCAAUUCGCUUAUUGAGGCUUGAAGAAUGUGUUUGUUUGGUAACAUAGCACAAUAGUUUGGAAUUAGAAUACUUUGGGUAAUAGUCAUACCCUUACAUCCGAACUAUAAUCUUUUGAUUGAAUUAUUGCAUGGUGAGCGUUUCAGAACUUCACCAUGUCCUUGUAUUUGAGCGACAGCAGUGGCUUGAUUUGUUGCGGGAAGAAAUGUAAUACAUGAUAUAUAUGUAUAAAUUCUCUUGUACGGUUAAAAUACGGACUUAUGUUCGAUUUGGAGCAUGUGGGAUUCAAA